AACGGGGGACUCAAACCCCACAGGGAGAGGGGGGGAGCCCCCGACACAAGCGAGAAGGACCGCAGGGAGAACGCCGCAUUUAAGCGCGGACAGCAGACCGGGGCGGGCGGCUGGAGCGACGGCGGCGGUGGGACAAGACGGGUCCGCAGCCAGCCGCCAGCCAUCUCGAUGAUAGCUGAGGAGUGGGUCCCCUGUCCCCACGGUGGCCUGUCCCCCGGGUGUCCCCGCGGGCAGCGCAUGGGGGGAGGUGGGCUAGGUGCCCUCACCUGCAGCGCCUCGGUGCCAGCAGCAGCGGACACAGGAACCGGCCGCAGGGGGACUCCAGUCGCCGGAAGUGGGAGGUGGGGAGAGGAACUGGCAACGGAACCGGAAGUCGGAGCUUUAAAACGGAAGCGCGCUGCGGGCUGAAUGGCCGCUCUGCUGGUCGCACUUGUGGGCAUCCUAAGCAGCCGCGGCCAAGGACAGUCUCUGCCGGGUGACGAAGGAGUCAAGUCUUUCCAGGAUCUAGACCGUCGCCCCGAUGUCCCUCGAACGGCGGCCGUUCCGGGCGUCUGCGCGUGCGCCGCAGGCUCCGAACACCCCAGGGGAGGGGAGGGCUUCGAUUGUGACGUCGCAGGUGUAGCCUCCGGGUGGAAGUCUGAGCUGCGUCCCGGCUGUGAACCGGCCACCCCAGAGAGCUGAGCUGUGCCCUGCGGAGGGAGUCAGGACUCAUGUGGCUCUAUCAUGUCGCGAAUGAAGCCCGAAAGACUGUGCACCACCUUUUUGCCUGCACUGGGGGCAGACGAUUCCAGUUGCCCUCUUCUUGGCAUGCCACUGAAAUCUGGAGGUCUCCAACGGGCUCCCCUCUUCUUCAUCUGCCUUUCAGAUCAGCUCCAAGAAAAAUCAUGGCUGCAAAGGAGAAACUGGAGGCAGUGUUAAAUGUGGCUCUGCGGGUACCCAGCAUCAUGCUUUUAGAUGUCCUGUACAGAUGGGAUGUUAGCUCCUUCUUCCAGCAGAUCCAAAGAAGUAGCCUCAGUAACAACCCUCUUUUCCAGUAUAAGUAUUUGGCACUUAAUAUGCAUUAUGUAGGUUAUAUCUUAAGUGUUGUGCUGCUAACUCUGCCCAGGCAGCACUUGGUUCAGCUGUACCUGUAUUUUCUGACUGCCCUGCUCCUCUAUGCUGGACAUCAAAUCUCCAGGGACUAUGUUAGGAGUGAACUGGAGUUCGCCUAUGAAGGGCCAAUGUACUUAGAACCUCUCUCCAUGAAUAGAUUUACUACAGCCUUGAUAGGUCAAUUGGUGGUGUGUACUUUAUGCUCCUGUGUCAUGAAAACAAAGCAGAUUUGGCUCUUCUCUGCCCAUAUGCUGCCUCUGUUGGCACGCCUCUGCCUGGUUCCUUUGGAGACCAUUGUCAUCAUCAACAAAUUUGCUAUGAUUUUUACUGGAUUGGAAGUUCUGUAUUUUCUUGGCUCUAACCUCUUAGUACCUUAUAACCUUGCUAAGUCUGCAUACAGAGAACUGGUUCAGGUAGUGGAGGUAUAUGGCCUUCUAGCCUUGGGAAUGUCCUUGUGGAAUCAGCUGGUGGUCCCUGUUCUUUUCAUGGUUUUUUGGCUCGUCUUAUUUGCUCUGCAGAUUUACUCCUAUUUUAGUACUCGAGAUCAGCCCGCCUCACGUGAAAGGCUGCUUUUCCUUUUCCUGACAAGUAUUGCUGAAUGCUGCAGCACUCCUUACUCCCUUUUGGGUCUGGUCUUCACCGUUUCUUUUGUGGCUCUGGGUGUCCUGACACUCUGCAAGUUUUACCUUCAGGGUUACCGAGCAUUCAUAAAUGACCCUGCCAUGAAUCGGGGCAUGACAGAAGGUGUUACGCUAUUGAUCCUGGCAGUGCAGACAGGCCUGAUUGAGUUGCAAGUGGUGCAUAGGGCUUUUCUGCUCAGCAUCAUCCUCUUCAUUGUGGUUGCGUCCAUCCUGCAGUCCAUGCUGGAGAUUGCAGACCCCAUUGUGCUGGCGCUUGGGGCUUCCAGAGACAAGAGUUUAUGGAAACACUUUCGUGCUGUGAGCCUUUGUUUAUUUUUACUGGUAUUCCCUGCUUAUAUGGCUUACAUGAUUUGCCAGUUUUUCCACAUGGAUUUUUGGCUCCUCAUCAUUAUUUCUAGUAGCAUUCUCACCUCUCUUCAGGUUUUGGGAACACUUUUUAUUUAUGUCUUAUUUAUGGUUGAGGAAUUCAGGAAAGAGCCAGUAGAGAAUAUGGAUGAUGUCAUCUAUUAUGUGAAUGGUACUUAUCGCCUGCUGGAAUUUCUCGUGGCCCUCUGUGUGGUGGCCUAUGGCGUCUCAGAGACCAUUUUUGGAGAGUGGACAGUCAUGGGUUCAAUGAUCAUCUUUAUCCAUUCCUACUAUAAUGUGUGGCUUCGGGCCCAGCUGGGGUGGAAGAGCUUCCUUCUCCGUAGGGAUGCUGUGAAUAAGAUUAAGUCACUACCCAUUGCUACAAAAGAGCAACUUGAAAAGCAUAAUGAUAUUUGUGCCAUCUGUUAUCAGGAUAUGAAAUCUGCUGUGAUCACUCCCUGCAGUCAUUUCUUCCAUGCAGGCUGUCUCAAGAAAUGGUUAUAUGUGCAGGAGACCUGCCCUCUGUGCCACUGCCACCUCAAAAACUCGCCCCAGCCCCCAGGGGUAGAAACUGAGCCAGGCCCCCCACCCCAAGCAGGCACAGAGCGAAAUGCUGUACUGCAGGAAGACUCUGAACCCCCAGACCAAGAGUGUCCUCCAGAGCCUGGGCUACAGGGAGGCUCUAGGGACAACAGUGAGUCUAUUAGCAAAACAGAAGAUAGCCAGGAAACUGGGGAUCACAGGGAACAUUGUCUGAGUGCAAAGGAUGCAGUCUGUCCGGCUGGGGUCAGUCUAGAGGAGAAGCAGCAACAGCCUGAGUGAUAUUAAGACACUGAGCCAAAGAAAUGCCAGGCAGGCAGCUUCUCACACUUGCUGUGAAUGUGUGAGUUGAUCAGGCAGGACGUGAAAUUCCGAGGCUCUCAUCCAGGACAUCCUCUCAGGGGGGACCACCCGCUUCCUCCCCUGACCUCGGGGGAGAGAUUCUGUGGUAUAUCUGAACAACAUGGACCUGGGCAGCUCUGCCGGUUUUCUGUAGAAGGUCACCAAGGAAACUCCACCUCAACAGCUUUAGAAAUGGCCCUGUAUGGUGAGGACCAAUAUACCAGACUCGAGUGUUUGCAAGAGGCUCCAGUAAGGAGACUAUGGAGCACAAGGACAGCCUGGGAGGAGGCAGGCAAGGGGGACCAGAUGUCUCCUAUCUGCAGGACAGGACCAUACUGGUCACAAAAUAUGGGUGGUGAUCAGCACUUCUCCCCACCCCAAUCCCCAAGUCAUCGGAACUCAGUCAGGUGAUUAUUGUUUUGUAUAGCACUGAAAUGAAAUCAAAGAUGUCUAAGCAUUGAUUGUAUCCCCAGAUUGAAGCACGCUCAGCCGUUGUUUGUGCUUUGGGCAGGGGGUGGGGGGGUGGGCAAGGGCUUGCGGGUAUGUUCAUGUAAUCUGAGACUCUUGACCUUUAUGAUGGAGUCUUCAAUACUUAGAUGUAUAUGAAACUUUUUGUUAAUAUAUAUACUGUGGUGGCUAUGUGAAGUAAACUAAAACUCUGAUGAACACUUUGGAGUUUACAUCAUUGGGUGAAACCAAAGUGGGAAGGGCUUUAGGGCACUGAUAGAGCCCCUCCAUGUACUUUUCAAUUUUGUGUAAUGUUUAAUUCUUGCAAUGGAAUCAAAACAGUGUUAAAUUAUGGCAAUAUUUGCACUUUGGGAAUGAGUACAUAACUGUAUGAUCACACUCUGCAAAUGCCAAUUUUAAAGCUGUUAAUAAUAGACUUUGCACCUUUGACAAGGAUGUGUCAUAUUUAAAUUUUUACAUUUAUCAUGGCUACAGGUAGAACUGGGGAGGGGGGUAUGUAAUUUUUUAUGGGAAUUUUGAUAUGAAAAGAAACUAGUCAUUUAUUUAUACAAUAGGCUUGACUCAAAAAGUGUUUUUCAGACUCGGUAUUCCUAACAUGGGAUGUGACUAUUUUAUUUUUAGUAGCAAAUUUGGAUGUAGACUGACAGACAUAGCUGAAUGUAUUAAUAAAUUUAAAUUUGAAGAUAA